AUGGCCGAAUAUCCACGGGGCGCAACAGUCCCGUUUCCUCGCAAGCCUUAUCCUCAGCAAGUUGCCUUGAUGGAUACCUUGUUGGAAGCAAUUGCAGAACCUUUGGCAGCAGUCAACGAAACUUCCAAAUCAUCGGUCAAGAGCAAUAGUCCCACUUCUGUCCUUGCCAAUCUCAAGAACGACAACAAGGAUGAUAAUGACGACGAGAAGAAGUUCGAAAGCGAGACAAAAAUCGUGCUGCUGGAGUCACCUACCGGUACUGGAAAGUCCUUAUCGCUUGCCUGUGCAAGUCUUGCAUGGCUCGAGUAUCAGAAACGAAAAACGAAGAAUCAAACUUCUGAGACGUCGUCAACAACACCGAUCCAUGAUACCAAGUUGGGGGAAAAGACUGGAAUAGAAUCGUCUAAAGUACCAACAACCAUACAAACACCAGUAGGUGCUGCAGCAGCAGCAAAGAAAGAAUCGUCGUCCACUGGAUUAGACUGGAUUGACUCCUGGCAGCCAGAUGAAAAUGACGACCUGGAAUUGCAACGCCAACUCGAACAGCAAAAGCGACAACAACAAGUCGAGAAUGAUCGGCUGGAACAAUUACAAAAGGAAGUCCAAAAGAUUCGGCAAUCUUUUAGCCAAGAAGACGAAGACGCAACCUUGCAGCAGAACCGUCGAGUACAGUUGCUAAAGCAGGCCAUUACGAAAUCCAAGAUUCAAGCCAGAAAGAAACAGCGUCUCCAACGACGACGAAAGAAACAGCCAUUGGAAUGGGAAGAUGACGAAGAUGACGAAAAGAAUGAUUUCCAGUAUAAAAAUCCGGAUGGAUCUAUUCCUUGGAUGCUAGAACCUCCCGUGUCCAUAUCCUCAGCGGAUAAUUCUUCCUCCACUCCGAUUCGACCCAAGAUUAUCUAUGCAGCUCGCACCCACUCCCAACUAUCUCAAUUUGUGUCCGAAGUCCGCAAGACUCAUUGGGGAAACUCGACAAAGGUCAUUGCCCUAGCCAGUCGGUCGCAAGGUAUGUGCGGAUACUUGACUUCCAGCGGCAAUCGUGGUUUUGCCAAACGGGAAUCCGAUUUGACCGAAGCCUGUUUGGAGUUGCGGCAAUCGAAGAAGCGUUCCACCAAUUCGGUUUCCAGUUGUGCUUGUCCCCACUAUCAUCCCGAUGCCAUUGCCACUUUGGCACUCCAUGCCUUGGCACAUCCAACGGAUGUCGAAGACUGGAGGGAAAUGGGAAAGGCGACCCAGACUUGUUCGUACUAUGCCUCGAGACAAGCUCUAGUUCAUGCUGAUUUGGUAGUCUUGCCAUAUUCACUCCUCGUUGCAAAAGAAACCAGAGACUCGAUUGGUUUAACUCUAGAGGGCUCGUUGGUAUUGGUGGACGAAGCCCAUAAUCUGCCCCAAGCCAUUGCCAACUUGCAAUCUUGCACAUUGACUGCGACCACUCUAGAAGGAGCCAGUCAUCAAGUGAACUCCUACACCAAAGAAUACAUGGAUCGGCUAUCCCCGCGUCAUUUGCAGUUGCUGGGGCAAUUGAAGCAACUUUUGCGAGGCUUUCAAGAGUGUCUUGGAUCCUCCUCUUCUGACAAGAAUAGUUAUGGCAGAAUAGCAGGAGAUAGCGGUGGUACUAGCAAGGAACUCUUGUCGCCAUUGCAAUUUCUCUGCCGAUACAAAUUGGAUCGAAUCAAUAUCUUUCCAUUACUCCGUUACAUGGAAGAGACCAAGCUUUCGCAAAAGUUGCUUGGAUUCGUUCCCACUGUGGAAGACGGCGACGAUGCAAAGGACGGUGACGAUAAUGCUGGUCCAGGACUCUUCCAUCGCGACAGCGACAAAGCGAUAGAGGAGGUGAAGAGAAAAAAGAAGAAAAAGAAGACAACCAGACUAUCUCCAAUAGCAGUUGUCGAAUCCUUCCUGUCCAAACUAAACUAUGCCAAUGCUGAUGGCAAAAUUGUGAUCUGCCCCAAUGAGCACAAGAUUCAGUUUGUCGUUCUGAACCCGGCAGUUGCCAGUGAGGAUGAUCUAUACCACAGGCCGCGUGCUCUUUGUUUGGUGGGAGGAACUCUACAGCCGAUGGAUGUCAUGAUACAAGAGCUGGUGCCCGACCUUUCGCAAGUGGCGUGUGACGCACAGCGAGCCAUUUCGAAUGGCAAUUCGGGUUUCAAGAGUGACAAGCUGGUGGCAUUUUCGUGUGGGCACGUGGUUCCGAAAUCCAACGUACUGCUCCAAGCGAUAACCAAGGUGGAUGGAGUGCCACUGGAUAUUCGGCACAAGUCUCGGUCUUUGCCGGAAGUCAUGAAUGCGAUUGGAAAGUCAAUUCUUCGUUUGGCCAAGCAAGUACCCAACGGAAUGGUGGUGUUUACAGGAUCGUACCGAUACGAACAGGCCCUGGUGGACUUUUGGAAGACCAAAGCACCUCACAUAUGGAAAGAGUUGAAUUCCACCAAGCGACUCUUUCGGGAACCCAAGGACUCGAAACAGACAGACGAGGUCUUGACUUCUUUUUCCGAUGCCGCAUCAUCGGAUCGGCGUGGUGCUUUGUUGUUCUCAGUCAUGGGUGGUAAACUCUCGGAAGGAAUCAAUUUUGCCAAUGAGCUCUGUCGUUGCGUUGUUGUGAUUGGGUUGCCAUAUCCGGAUGCCAAAGAUCCGUUGUUGCAAGAGAAACUAAAGCUCUUGCCAGCUUCAGCGGAUGGUGGAAGUAGUGGCGGAUUUUCGUAUCUCCGAAGCUUGUGCUUGCGGAGUGUGAAUCAAUCCGUAGGGAGAGCCAUUCGUCAUGCAAAUGAUUAUGCCGGCAUUGUCCUCAUGGACGUUCGAUAUACACAAGAUGAUGCCAUUGGCCGCGGACUACCAAAAUGGUUGACGGAAAGUACACCGGAGUGGAAACGGCAAGAUACCACCUUGUCUUCAGCCGAAAGGAGACUAGAAGAGUUCUUUCAAUUCCAUACUUCUGUUAGUGAGCAAUGA